AUGACGGGUAAGCCUCCGGCUAAGGCAGGGUACUGGUACUUUGGUGGCCUGGCAAGUGCCAUGGCCGCAGCUGUUACCCAUCCUCUGGAUUUGAUAAAAGUCCAUUUACAAACUCAACAGACAAAGGAGUUUGGAAUGAUUGGGAUGGGGGUACGUGUAUUUAAAAACGAUGGAUUCUUUGCUCUCUACAACGGUCUCAGUGCAUCUCUUCUUCGACAACUAACUUACUCAAUGACCCGUUUUGGCGUGUAUGAAUCCUACAAAAACUCAGUUGGAAGAAAAAUGACUUUUGCCGAGAGUGGCGCUGUCGCAAUGUUUGCAGGGUUUAUGGGCGGUGUUGUAGGUAACCCUGCCGAUAUGGUUAACGUAAGAAUGCAAAAUGACGUUAAAAUUCCUGCUGCACAACGCCGCAAUUACAAACAUGCAAUUGAUGGUCUCGUGCGAGUGGCCAAAGAAGAAGGCGUUCUAUCUCUUUUCAACGGUGUCUCCAUGACGGCCACUCGAGCUAUGUUUAUGACUUUCGGUCAACUUGCUUUCUACGAUACCUUUAAGGCAAUGCUCCUUUCGACAGGCUUCUUUAGUGAUAAUCCUGUCACCCACUUUUCGGCCUCAAUCGGUGCAGCCGGUGUUGCCACCUGCAUGACUCAACCUUUCGAUGUCAUGAAAACCCGCCUAAUGAAUGCUCCUCCUGGCAAAUAUUCCGGCCUUGCUGCAUGCGGCAUGGACGUUUUACGAACGGGCCCGCUAGGUUUCUUCAAGGGCCUAGUCCCAGCUUUUAUCCGUCUUGGUCCGCAUACCGUACUUACCUUCAUUUUCUUGGAGCAGUUGAAGGCCAAUUUCGGCUAUGUGCCCAGCUCUCAACCCGCUAAACCAAAAUCCUAA